AUGAAACGCGGUGGACGAAGUGAGCAGAUGGAAGCAUGAGUGAGCAUAUGCAACCAGCCGGCCUCAGCUUGCGCUCUUGGUUUUUUGCUUUUUGUACAUAAGCGGACUGGCUGGCCCGGAGGAGCAAGCGAGAGGGAUCGAUCGGGUGAAGCAUAAUGCUGCGCUUGGAGUCGAAAUACGCCGGAGAGGUGUACUCCGAUCGUCAGUUCUGAGCAAACCGUCCAACGGUGAAGACGUACAUUUCAAUCCGUCUCUUGCACUUGAGUUGGGUUGUGAGGGAAUUUAGUUCAUAAGUUGUGGGUUGGUUUAUCCUUCGCGUCGACACUACUAAAGGACUUUGGUUACGAUCGCGUCGUCCGGAAGUUGCUUAUCAGUUGACCAGUUCGCUAUCGAGAAGUGAACGCGCAAAGUGAUUAAGAUUGUACUACUGCUAACUGUGGGAACCGAUUCAAGCAGCAGCAAACGCGAAACAAUUUCUCGUCAUAAAGGAAUACGCGGAAUAUAGCAAGAAGACCCCAACCGAAGGGUACACAGAAAUCGUGAAGGAAGAGUUAAAAGAAAGUCGUUGAAAAACAAAACACAAGACGAACGAUCGAUUGAUCGUGUGUGCGAACGUGCGCGAGGCCCGCCUCCCCACCCCCACCCGAGUGUGUGUUGUGUGCUAGCGCUCCAAGGGAGUUUCUGUGAGUACUGUGGGAACCCCAGCAGGAAAAUAAACUGUUAUGUGUGAUUAAUUCAGUCGCGGAACGCGAACUGUGUGCGUGUGUGCCGCCCGUGCAGUAGUGCUCGAAGCGCCUCGAAGUUUUUCCUCUCGGACACUAACCUAGACCCCCACAUUGUUGGCCCCUAUGGGUGUACUGAACGUCGUGGUCGGUUCCGGUGCCGGUGCAGUCGUCGAGUGCCAGCCGAGUUGCAAGAAGACCAACGACAACAUCUUCUCGCCGAUCAAGAACAAGAUGAAGGUCCUGAAGAAGAUCAAGAAACGGAUGGGACUAGCUCCUCGCAGUGCAUCAUCCUGUCCGGGUCCAAACAAUCUACCGCCGCUCAAAUUUCACUAUGUUCACGGUGACAACAUCCGGAUCUCACGAGAUGCCUCCGUAGCGCGGCGGUACGAAUCCUUCUGCAAGGGAAUCACAUUCAGCGCCCGGCCAGUGCGGGUCAACGAGCGAGUGUGCGUCAAAUUCCUAGACAUCUCCAACAACUGGAGUGGAGUCAUUCGGUUCGGAUUCACCUGCAAUGACCCCGCCACACUGCGUGGUAACCUGCCAAAGUAUGCAUGUCCAGACCUAACUAACAAACCCGGAUUCUGGGCCAAAGCCCUGAAUGAGGUAUACUGUUAUCGUAACAACGUACUGUUCUACUAUGUCACACCCUCCGGAGAUGUUCACUUUGGCAUCAACGGAGAAGAGAAGGGGGUGUUCAUCACCGACGUUGAUUCCCGUGGCCCCUUAUGGGCUGUCAUUGACGUCUACGGCAAUUCCACGGCCAUCGAGUUCCUAGAUUCGCGUAUUUAUAUGUUCCAACAGCAGCAACAACAACACCAACACCAGCACCACCAUCAUCAUAAUCAUAAUCAACAGCAGCCAGUGCAGAGCCAGUCCUGCGGUCGUCGUUCUGUCGACCAAGAAAUUGUACCUCAGUUGGAAUCUCUCAGUAUAAAUCAACACAACCAGCAGCUGCUGGAAGAACGUCCAGUUCCUACGACGACAGUCAUCAGUUCAGCCGCCAGCAUGCGCUACAAUAGCCCGGCACCUGGACUGUUACCUCUCCCGUUCCAUCCGAUCCGAGGUCGCAACAUCAAGUUCUCCGCCGACCGUACGAUGGCUACCCGUGCCGAAACUGAAUUCUGCCAAGGAUACGUAUUCACACCCCGUCCAAUCAAAAUCGGCGAACGCCUCAUCAUUCAAAUUCUCAAAACCGACACCAUGUUUGUGGGUUCUCUUGCCCUUGGACUGACAUCGUGUGAUCCGGCCAACCUACAACUGUCUGAUCUCCCCGACGAUUCCGAUUUACUCCUAGAUCGUCCAGAAUACUGGGUGGUCAGCAAAGAUGUCGCUUCCACGCUGGUCCGUGGUGACGAACUGUGCUUCUCCAUCUCAGUCAACGGAGAAGUGUCCAUCAGCAAGAACGGUGGAGCUCCAUCUGUGAUUAUGCACAUCGAUCAGAGCCUACAGAUGUGGGCUUUCCUGGACGUCUACGGAUCCACCCAAAGCGUCCGUUUGUUCAGUCAUGCAAUUCCUACUCCGGUAGCGACCGCCUCUUGCUCGGCUUUGUAUCCCGAACACCGAUCCAUGACCGCUUCGGCAAGCCAACGUAGUCUGCAGGUUCAACCCACAAGCCAACCGGCGCCGCAUACGACAACGACAGCUACCAUCCGGCCCGAUAUGAUCCAAAUCAACCCCGGCGGUACCGUGCUGGUGGUGAAUUUGCCGCCCACGGAUGUCAUUUCGCCUGCUUCCUCGCAACCUUCGGUCCAGCAAGCCCAGGCCACCAUCGUGUCCCGUGGGCUUCCGAGCUCCGCCUCAACGCUCUCGGUGCCGCUUUCCACGCUAUCGCUUUCCUCGCACUCUGGUUCGACCGGGACGGCCGAACUUGUUCCGGCUUAUAGUUAUGCUGAGCCAAUGCCUUCCUACAACAACGCGUCUAACUAUAACACUCUUGCGGCUGCGGCCGCCUCCGCAGCCAGUUCCGGUUCCCUUUCCGGUCCCAGCAGUAGUUCCUGUUCGUCAACGCCCCUGCCCACGCCGUCCAUCGGGGUGAAUCCUCCGAUCUACAGCUCGACCGGCGUCGACUGUACCAUCUGCUUCGAGAAACCGAUCGACUCGGUCCUGUACAUGUGCGGCCACAUGUGCAUGUGCUACGACUGUGCGAUCAAGCAGUGGCGCGGCAUCGGCGGUGGACACUGUCCGCUGUGUCGUGCCGUCAUUCGGGACGUGAUUCGCACCUACAAAUCCUAAGAUCCGCAAAGGAACCCGCUGCGGGACGGUGGCGUUAGACGUGGCACCUCUCUGCCCGUCAAACAAGUCAGUCACGAUACCAAAAAACACGCACCUUCCAUUCGAACUGAAUGACGGUAAGGACGGCUACAAUUGUGAAUGUGAUUUUAAACCUAAUUAAAACUUAAAGCAAAUGAAUCAAGCGAAGAAGCGUAACUCGGAAAGCGAACACACACACACGGUGGACAUUCGGAAUCAUUCUGGUCAAAAUUAAAACACUUAUAUUUUAUGGACGAGUAAAUUAUUAAGUUGUCGACAUUUCUCACACUCUCUGGGUGGGAGCAAAAAAGCCAAGGUAUAAUGCGGGAAGGGAAUUGUUGCCCUACAUUGGGUCGUGUUUAGUUUCGUUUUCUGUCGAAAUCGUUGACGAAUGCAUUAUCUAGUGUGUAAGCUAUUUUUCGUAGGAAAACAAAAUAAAAAAUAAUCAAACCAAAAAUCUCAAAUUUGCAUAGUCGUUACUAGUGCAAGUAACAAAGUCUACAGUUUUAUUAGAAGGUCAGUAAGGAAAUUGCCAAAAAGUACAUCACUUCCAAAUUGCAAUCGUAAGAAACAAAGCAAACGAGACAGUAAUCCCAUUAAAUGAGUGAGAAAUCGCAAAGCAAUGAUAUGCAAAUCAGACCGUUUUCUUAACUGCGCUGCAAAUUCGAAGCUUUCCAUCCCAUUUUUUAUUUUAAAUUCUCAAUCACGAUCACGACAUUAACGCAAAAUCCGAGAAAGCUAAACCUAAUUUACAAAAUUGAUACUUUCUAGUCAAGCAAAAAUUGAAUUAUAUAUCUACUAGCAGAGAGCGAUAAUCCCAAAGGAAAAUUUAUGUUAAGAGUAACACCCAACUGCCCAUCCCGGGGAGGCCGUGUCCAUCCCGUCCGUGCUGCGGUUCUUUUCCCGGGGAGGCACCUUAUUUAUUCAAUUGCGUCCCUUUUAUCUGCUUCGAGUACACUUAACUCUCAAUCCCAAGUAUCCAGUAUACACAGUAUACACAAAACUUAUAGACAACCUUUCUUGCUGUCCAAGGACACAACAAGAAACAACAGCAGCGAGUAUAUUGAAACACUAAAGAAUACUCGCGCCAGUAGGUGUUCCUUCGAAUGCGCAAAACACACAUUUAUUCGAUAUGGUAAUAUUACAGUAGCAUAUUAGCGAGGGAUAGAGAAACAGAUAGUUGACACAUUCUAUUAAUUUAUUGUUAUGAACGCAUUUACAGUUAGGAAGAAACGAAACAUAUUUUUUAAAAGGUUAGCUAAAUGACUAAACAAGCCAGAGAAUACACAGUCUCGUCAGUGCUAAAAAAUUAAACAA